AUGUUUGCGCGCCAAAUGGCGGUGAUCAAGGGCCAAGCUUGGAAUGUGCUUCAGUCAUUAAAGCAUCCAGACGAAGGCCCUCUUGAACUUACAAGGAGAGUAAAUGUACUAGUGUGGGACGACGAGCUCGAAGUGGGCGAGACCUUCUCGGCAGAUGCACUCGCUGGGCCGCUUAGUGCGGGACCACUGCCAAACGGAUCAUCACCAUUUGCUCGAGGAUCCCCAACGCGAAUUCGUCGCAUUCGCAGCGUUAGCUCGCCGCGCAUCGACGGCAACUUUCCACCAAUGUCGCGCAGCUCGAGCGACUUUACGGGUGCGACAAGACCGGUCCCCUUUUCCAGCAAAGUCACCCGCGUCAACCCUUCAGCCACCGGUGUGUCUGUAUUGGAACACAUGGAGCGAUUGGACAAGGUUGAGGAAGGAUUGACUCGCCUUGGCCCGGCCGAGGAUACUCUAUACGAAGAUGAGGAAGCUGAGGAGGCCCAAACCGACCAGGCACCUUUACUACCUGCUGAAGAUAUUGUCCAGGCUGUUUCGGCUGCCCCACCUGCCGCUGAGCGUCAGCCCGAACCUUCCGCCUCACGUGUCAGUACAAAACCCACCCUUAGCGGGCUCGGGACCGCCGCUAGGACGAGCAUACGAAUGUCCGAGGAGGCACAACGCCCAAGCCAUAUCCGCUGGGCAAGUCAUGGAAACGAGCGCUCGGGACGGAGCAUGGAUGUGUCAAGGAGACCCGUGCUCGAUGCCGAGUCGGGCAAAAAGGUGGUGAUUGCAGAGCGUGUGGAGACUGUGGACGCGAAACCGUUCUUCUCGUGCUGGUAA